GAGAACAGCACACUUGAAUCAUUCAGCUGCCGCUCUUCUAACUUGUGUUACAAAGGAUCAAGACUAACCCAGCACCAUGGGCUGUGUUCAAAGCUUCAGGGAAUUGUGCGACCGUCAAAAAAAUACCAAUGUUCGUGUCAGUCUCCCAGCAGUUUGCUUCGUGUGGCAAACAGCCAUGAUCAUCUUGUUUGGGGUUUUUGUUCGCUACAACGAAGAAUCGGAUGCACACUGGAUAGAGCACAGAAAAGUUGAAAAUAUAUCCAGUGACAUAGAGAACGACUUCUACUACAGAUAUCCAAGUUUCCAGGAUGUCCAUGUGAUGAUCUUUGUUGGAUUUGGCUUCCUGAUGACGUUUCUUAAGCGCUACAGCUUCGGCGCGGUGGGUUUCAACUUCCUCAUCGCAGCCUUUGGCCUCCAAUGGGCGCUGCUGAUGCAAGGCUGGUUCCACUCCCUGGACUACAGUGAUGGAAAGAUCAAAAUUGGAGUUGAAAACAUGAUCAACGCUGACUUCUGUGUGGCCAGCUGCUUAAUAGCCUACGGGGCGGUGCUUGGUAAAGUCAGUGCAGUCCAGCUGCUGGUUAUGACCCUGUUUGGGGUCACGUUGUUUGCCGUGGAGGAAUAUAUCAUCCUAAAUCUCAUACAUGCCAAAGAUGCUGGAGGCUCCAUGGUGAUCCACACAUUUGGAGGUUACUAUGGUCUCUCCAUCUCGUGGAUGCUCUACCGGCCAAACCUGGACCAGAGCAAUCGUCUGCAGGGCUCCGUCUAUCACUCGGAUGUCUUUGCCAUGAUUGGCACCCUCUUCCUGUGGAUGUUCUGGCCCAGCUUCAACUCAGCCAUCACAGACCACGGGGACGGGCAGCACAGAGCAGCCCUAAACACAUACCUGGCUUUGGCCUCAACUGUGCUCACUACUGUGGCCAUCUCCAGCCUCUUCCAGAAGCAUGGGAAACUAGACAUGGUCCACAUCCAGAACUCCACUCUUGCUGGAGGUGUUGCAGUAGGAACGGCAGCAGAGUUCAUGCUGAUGCCCUACGGGUCUCUGAUCGUGGGGUUCUGCUGUGGCAUCGUCUCCACACUGGGAUAUGUCUACCUCACGCCUUUCAUGGAGAAGCACCUGAAGAUCCAGGACACGUGUGGAAUCCAUAACCUGCAUGCCAUGCCAGGAGUCAUAGGUGGCAUUGUGGGAGCCAUUACUGCCGCAUCUGCAACAAAGUCUGUUUAUGGUGCUGAGGGGCUCAUUAACACCUUUGACUUUGAGGGUGAUUUCAAGGACAUGGUCCCCACACGGCAGGGUGGUCACCAGGCUGCAGGCCUCUGUGUGGCCAUCUGCUUUGGUGUGGGCGGAGGUAUCCUUGUCGGUUGUAUUUUAAGAUUACCUAUCUGGGGAGAUCCUGCAGAUGACAAUUGUUUUGAUGAUGAGCCCUACUGGGAGCUCCCUGAUGAGGAAGAGACCAUCCCACCAAUCCUUCACUACAACAACCACAUGCGGAACAAAGAUGUAGCGGAGUCAAAUUUCUCUGUGGAGCAGACCUGACGCGAGGCCUUGUCCUAAUGGAUGUGUCUGUCUUUAUCACACAUCACCCGUUUGUGCCUUUUAAUUUUCCUGCUACACAGAAAUAUUCAUUUGAUUCGAUUAAUUCACUCCAAUCAAAACCAGUUUUUUUUCAUACAGUUUGUCUUUUUGUUUUGUUUUUUGUGAAGUAAAAAACAUAUUGUCUGUUUUCCCAAGAUAGUUAUUUCAGUUUAAAUCAAUUGAUAUUCAAUCAAAUAUUGCUAUUAAGUGUGAUUGGCAUUCGCGGAGUGAUUUGCCUCAUUUCAAAAUUAAAGCAUAAUGUAAUUAAAACUGCAGAAUUUGUCUCUUGUUCAAUAGAAGAUGCAGAGCUUUGAUGAAAGUAACUUAAACAUGACCAUGAAAACAUACAACCAUGGUUCCUUUAAGUAGGUUUGAGAAAACAUUUUAAAACCAUGUUUUGUAUUACAUAUGCUUCAGACCCUGAGUUGCACUUUGCUGUGGAUUUUCCACAGAAGCUUUCACAACUUUGUUUUUACUGAUUUGUUUUCUGUCUGCACGACAUAACAGAAUGCAGGUCACAUUCAAAGUCAAUCCACAGACUUUUUUUUGACAUGUUUUUGCUUAAAUUGUUGUAUGUUGAUUUGCGUAGUUGUUUUUUCUUUUAUUGCAAUUAGAUGCAUUGAAAAAAUGAGUUAGUAUCACGUUAGUUAUUAUGGAUUUUCAAAAUAAGAGCUGUGGUAUUUGUUUUGUUAUGCUGUGACAUAAAGGAUGUUUGGUAACACUUUACUUGGACCCACCCUAACUUAGCAUUAAUAAGCAUUGUAUGAACUCUAAAUACAUGUCUUUUAAGACACCAUGUUGUAUUGUUGCAAGCACAAAAGAGCAUAUUUUUAAAUUGUA